CUCUCUCUCUCUCUCUCUCUUUAUCUCAAAUCUCUGCAACUACUCCCAGCUCAAAGUGAUCAAACCCCAUCUUGAAACAAAACCCAGAGACCUCACCUGAAAAUUGAAAACAAUCACCCCCCAAGAUCACUAAAAAUCCCCCACAAGUUCAUCUUUCUAAUCUUUGAUAUCCAUUCUGCUAUCAUUCAAAGAACGAAGGAAAAAGGGGCCAUAAGAAUAACUACUACAGGAGGACAAAUACUCAAAGGAGUAGUUUAGGGGACUGGUUUGGUUGAAGAAGAUGGAGCUAUUCCCAGCACAACCAGAUUUGUCCCUGCAAAUCAGCCCUCCAAACAGCAAACCCACAACAAGUUGGAAGAGAAGGACGGAAGAAGAGGUGGAUUUGGGUUUCUGGAAGAGAGCUCUCGACUCCAGAAACUCCGUGUCCUCAAUGGCAAAACCCGACACCUGUUUCGAGCUCUCCUUGUCGAAUCCGAGGGCUUCCGAGUCCCUCUCCAACCAUAAUCAUAAUCAUCAACAUGGAAAUGGCAAUCUUUUCCACACCUUUCAGAGAAACCAGUACCAUCACCACCAACACCAGCUCCACCACCAGCCAAUGUUUCAGCAACCACCGCAAGGACUAAGCCACGAGCUUGAUUUUCUGAGACCCAUAAGAGGAAUUCCAGUGUACCAAAAUCUUCCUGCUUUCCCAUUUUCUCAACAGCUACUAGAUGCUUCUCAACCUUCUAUAGCUAAUACUACCACAAGUUCAAGUCCUUUUCAGUCUCAAGGGUUAAUGCGAUCAAGAUUUCUGUCACGGUUUCCAGCUAAACGAAGCAUGAGAGCACCUCGGAUGCGAUGGACUACUACGCUUCAUGCUCGCUUUGUUCAUGCUGUUGAUCUAUUGGGUGGCCAUGAAAGGGCUACACCAAAGUCAGUUCUUGAGCUUAUGGAUGUGAAAGAUCUCACGUUGGCACAUGUUAAAUCUCAUUUGCAGAUGUAUCGAACCGUGAAGACCACCGAUAGAGCAGCAGCUUCUUCAGGACAAUCGGAUGUAUUUGAAAAUGGGUCGUCUGGAGAUACUAAUUCUGAAGAUUUAAUGUUUGACGUUCAGAACCCAAGAAGGCCUGAGAGAUCCAUUAAUCAACAGGGAAUUAGACCGUUAACUCCUCAAGAUAAGGACUAUCAUGGUCUAUGGAGCAACUCGUCUAGUAGGGAAGCUUGGUUGCAUGGCAAACCUAAGGAUUCUGGUGGAAACAUGCCAUCCCUUGAGGACAUGGAUCCAAAAUGCUUAAGCUAUGAGAGAAAUUCAGAUGUGAGCUCAUCAACAACCCAUUCAAGGACAAGCCCCAAGAAGCCUAAUUUGGAGUUCACCUUGGGUAGACCACUUUGAAAUCUCUUCUGAUUAAUAUUUCCCCAUUUUGAAAUAUCAUUAUAACAGUACUGAAGGGGCCGGGGGGCUUGGAGAUGAGAAUCAGGUACCCGCUCAUGAGAAAAUCAGAGGAAAAGAAAUGAAAAAGAAAACAAAAGAAAAGGAAAAGCAAAAGGAGAGCUAAAGAAAGACAAGGAGACAAGAAAGACAGAAAGCAACAAAAGGAGAAGGGGGUCAUGAGGGAAGAAAAAAAAAAGCAUAUCCUUCCUUUCAGGCUCUGAUCAGAUCAAAUUUAACAUAUUAUAUUACUACGUAAAUAUAUGAGAUCAAUUGAUUUUGUAUGUUUCUGCACUCAUAGAGAGAGAGUCUCUCUCUGCAGAAACCUUUAACUAUCUUAAAGUAUGAAAGUGAUCUUGGUAGUUGUAAUGGAGCCCCUUUACAUUUUUAUGAUAUAUUUUAGGAUUUUUACCAAA